AUGAAAAUGAGAACCCUAAUGAAGCAACAAAUUUUCAAAAGCAUAUGCUAUAUUUUUACAAUUUUUAACACCAGGAUACGAACGUCUGCAAGCUGUAAUAUCAGUGAACAAGAUGAUACUAUUGAGCAUAGUCAUCCGCAGGAUGGUAGGCUGAUAAUGGAACAAUCAAAUGAAGCUCUUGAUAUGACACAAAGCAGCAUUAUAGAAAGAAAGCGGCCAAAUCCUUCUACUGCUGAUACAUCAGGUGUGAAUAAUAAGUAUGGGCGAUAUGAAAGAAGCGAUGAGUCUGAUUCAACAUCAUCUCAUGAAGAUCAGCUGGUAAUAUCGGAAGAUCUUUAUGAAAUUCUAGGCUUUGUUGAAAACAACAAUUCAGAGCUAAGUGUGCCAAGUGCACUAACCAAUAAUCUACAUAGCCAAGAGGUUAGUAUAGCUGACAUGCUUGUUUCGAGUGACCAUGUUCAAGCAUGCAGCAAACUUCGAAGUGAUGCUGUAACAAAAUUAACUGGGCAGAUAAUAUGUGACGUAUCAGAAGAAUACCAAAAUACAAGAACAGUGGAUGUAAGUCCUACUCCUUUGGCAAGGUAUCAAUAUCCUUCAGCAUAUUCAUUUUACUCACCCAGCCCACAAUAUUAUAAUGCCCAAGGCUUAUCUGGCACUAUUCCCUAUGCCCGUUCGUUAGCAUAUAUUCCGACUCAAGCAGGUGAAGAUCAAAUAGCUGAAAGUGCUGACCCUGGAGAUGAAAGUGUAGAAAUAGCGCUACUAUCAGAUCAAAACAUGCCAAUAGAGGAUAAAUUCAAGAGCGCAUUCUACUCUAUUAGAUCAGUUAGCAAUUUGUCUAGCGAAAACGAAGAGAUUAAUAUUGAAAAUUAUAUCAAGCUGUGCAAGGAUACAAUUUUUACCGAUGAAGAUUUCUUAAAAGCUUAUGAAUCAGCAGCCUGUUACAAAGGCCGUUGCUUAUUUGGUUUUAUUUUUAAAAAGUAUUUGGCAAUUAAAAGACGUCGAAUUGCCCUUCUCGAAACCGCCCUAAAAAUAUGGGCCUGGUUGAGCAGACUUCUUAUUUUGAGAAGUAAUGGCAUUGAAAAACGCGAGUUUAAAGAAAUACCGGAGGAACUGCUAUUUCCGUAUUUCUGUCUUGGUUUGAUAUACACAUAUCGAGAAGCAACAACAUUUAAAUACUUGUAUUAUAUGCUCGACAAGAGCAUUCCAAGAGAACCACAGCCUGGUGUGAUUGAUCUUAGUGUCACAUCUUUAUCAGAAGAUCAGAUAUUUUGCAAAAAGGGAUACAUUGACACAUUGAAAGAAUGCAUUUAUUUUAGAAACUACCAAAAGAUAAAUAUUAAUGAUUUGAAUAUACUUGAUACAAUCUCCAACGCCAUAAGAAUUUUGGCAUCAAAAGAGCCAGCAAGGAUCAUAUUUGAUAAUUUAAAAGAAAUAUUUGAUAAUGACAAAGAAAUGCAUACAUACAGAAGUCGUUCAAGAUGUCGAAUGAUCUAUUUCAUGUGUAUUUACCGUGCCACAUGCAGCAGUAGGUUUCUGAACACCGUGCGAAUAAUUAUGUCAAAUGCCAGUGAAGCCGUGCCAGAAGAUGCGAAAGCUGUGCAAAUACGUUUGUAUAUAGAAAAUGAACUGAGGGAAUAUUACGCAUGGGUGCACCGCAAUAUUUGCAGUAUGUUUAGAGAAGUGAUUAUUCCGUAUUUAAACGAAGUGACAGUUAGGGGCAAAGGUAUGCAAAAGACAGCCUGGCAGUCAUUACAUCAAAGAAAGCGUAACACCUCAUCUUACACUAAUGAGUUUUUGAGUUCAUUAUUUAUAAGCAUUGAUGGUGCCAAUGUUCCGAACACUGAGGAGAUCAAAUUCCGUAUUUACACCUGUGCAUAUACUCUAGCAAGCACAUACCACACGAUUUGCGAUUUAGGAUUUAUACUGCUUGGGAACAAGCCCAUCAAGAUGGGAAACCAUUUAACCACCAAUAAGGUCUUUGAAUAUAUUGCUAUUUCACAGUUUGAUCCAAGAAGAAUCAAGAUAUUACUUGAAGAGUACAAAAAACACUAUGAAGGCAUCAAGGCCAGCACCGCUUUAACAAGCAAUUAA